AUGAAAUUUUAUUCGUUUAUUUUAUUAUCUAUUAUCGUUUUCACGUUGAAUCUAAUUGAAGGAGUACAAUACAAAAGUUAUCAUGCAAUGUAUGAAAAUUAUAUCGCAAGGGUGGUGAGUCACAUUUGUUCACAAAUUAUAUUGUAUCAAAAACGAGAUUCAAAUUAUUAUUUGAAUAUUUCAUCUUUAGAGGAAGAUUUUCGUCCAAACACUAACCUGCUAUCUUUUAGACCAAAGUAUAUUUAUACAAUAAGUAUACUCAAUUUCAAGUACCUAGAAAUUUUAAAAAAAUUUCUUGAUUUAAUAAAUCUAAUCCUUAAUAACUGUCAAAAGUUUUAUAGUAAAAAAAAGUCACCGAAAAAUUUUAUUCGUUGUGUACAAUUUCUUGAAAUAAUUGUGAAAAAUUCCAAGACUAUGAUUGAAAAAUUACACAAUGCUAUGAAGUUUAUAAGCUACAUAGAUAUAAGAUUUUUGUUUUCUGAAGUCUUCGUACCGCAUCCUAUAAUUGAUGAAAUUGACUUUAUAUAUCAGUACGUCUUGGAAAAAAGUAAAGAGACUAGCUCUUUGGAUCUCAACAAAUCACCUUAUGAAAUAUCUGAAAUGAAAUUUAAGAAUUUGACAACAUUUCAAACAGACGCAUCAAUAAGAGUAAACAACUAUUUGCAAAAUUAUAAGAACUUGGACACUUCUUUAAUAAAUGAUUUAAAAUGUAUUAAAAUUGUGGAAUUACCUAUUAACGUUAGAUCUUCAAAAAAAAAAUUACUUAAUAAGUUUUUCAGUGAAAUUAUAAAAAAUUGGUAUAAAAACCUAGGAUUUGAAGAAUUUCUCAACCCUAAAAUAGAAGAAUUCAUACCUCCAAUAGAUCCAGAUACAAAUCAAAGUGAUGGAAUAGAAGCUCUUAAUAUUAUUCGUAAAGAAUCUGGUUGGGAAAAAAUGAACCACAUUAAUAUAGUUUAUUUUGUGAAAAUUUACGGAUCGAUUUGAUUUUAUAUGACACCCGAUGUUCAAUGGAUAUAAAAUUUGAUAAUGUUAAGGAUUAUGUAAGCUAUUUUAGGAACCUAGGAAAUAUAUCAGUUAAUUCAAAUUAUGAAAUGUCCAGCCAAAUUAUGCUUAAUGCAUUUAAUUUUUAUGACAAUUUUUGUGAAAAUGUUAGCAAAUCUUGUUAUGAAGAUUUGGGUUUUGAAAAACUUUCACACUGUAAAAAAAAAGAAUUAGACAGUAAACUUCUUUAGUUUGCUGUAAAAUUAUCUACUCAGCUUCAAUUGCAUAAUAAAAAUAUCAACAAAAUUAA